AUGGAUCUCAACCCAUCUCACGCCAACGGUGUAAGGGAGAGUAAUGAAGCGAAUAAUUGUUCGGCUAAAAGUGAAUUGUCAUCUAACACAUAUGCUCUCAACCCAUCUCGCGCCAACGGUGUAAGGGAGAGUAAUGAAGCGAAUAAUUGUUCGGCUAAAAGUGAAUUGUCAUCUAACACAUAUGCUCUCAACCCAUCUCGCGCCAACGGUGUAAGGGAGAGUAAUGAAGCGAAUAAUUGUUCGGCUAAAAGUGAAUUGUCAUCUAACACAUAUGCUCUCAACCCAUCUCGCGCCAACGGUGUAAGGGAGAGUAAUGAAGCGAAUAAUUGUUCGGCUAAAAGUGAAUUGUCAUCUAACACAUAUGCUCUCAACCCAUCUCGCGCCAACGGUGUAAGGGAGAGUAAUGAAGCGAAUAAUUGUUCGGCUAAAAGUGAAUUGUCAUCUAACACAUAUGCUCUCAACCCAUCUCGCGCCAACGGUGUAAGGGAGAGUAAUGAAGCGAAUAAUUGUUCGGCUAAAAGUGAAUUGUCAUCUAACACAUAUGCUCUCAACCCAUCUCGCGCCAACGGUGUAAGUGAGAGUAAUGAAACGAAUUAUUGUUCGGCUAAAAGUGCAUUGUCGUCUAACAC